CGGCGCGGGGCUGCGGCGGGCGGUGCAGCGCAUCGCCGGCAGCAUGUCCGCCAAGGAGCGGCCCAAGGGCAAAGUGACCAAGGACAGCGUCACGCUCCUGCCCUGCUUCUACUUCGUGGAGUUACCCAUAUUGGCAUCCUCUGUUGUUAGCCUCUACUUCCUUGAACUUACUGAUGUCUUCAAGCCAGUUCACGCUGGAUUUAAUUGCUAUGACAAGAGUCUGAGUAUGCCAUACAUUGAACCUACACAAGAGUCUGUUCCCUUCCUGAUGUUGCUUAGUCUGGUUUUUGCUGGACCAUCAAUUACGAUAAUGAUAGGAGAAGGAAUACUCUACUGUUGCCUGUCCAAAAGAAGAAAUGGGAUUGGAACGGAGGCCAAUAUUAAUGCAGGAGGAUGCAACUUCAAUUCUUUUCUCAGAAGAGCUGUCAGAUUUGUUGGUGUUCAUGUGUUUGGUCUUUGUUCUACUGCUCUUGUUACUGACAUUAUACAGCUAUCGACGGGAUAUCAGGCACCGUAUUUCCUGACUGUUUGCAAGCCUAACUAUACAUCCUUAAAUGUAUCCUGCUCAGAGAAUUCCUACGUUGUGGAAGAUAUUUGCUCAGGAGCUGAUCUCAGUAUUAUCAACGCUGGAAGAAAGUCAUUCCCUUCUCAACAUGCCACCCUGGCAGCCUUUGCAGCAGUGUACAUUUCGAUGUACUUCAAUUCUACGUUAACAGACUCCUCAAAACUUCUGAAACCACUCUUGGUCUUUGCUUUUAUCAUCUGUGGAAUUAUAUGUGGUCUGACUCGUAUCACCCAAUAUAAGAACCAUCCAGUUGACGUUUACUGUGGCUUUCUCAUAGGAGGAGGAAUUGCUCUCUAUUUGGGCCUGUAUGCCGUGGGGAACUUCUUGCCAAGUGAUGAGAAUGUGUUUCAGCCCAGUUUUCACAGAGAGCCUCUAAGGUCUUUGACAGACCUCAGUCAAGAUGCCAACAGGAUCCUGCCAGGUAAAAAUGGAAGCAGCAGUGAUGGCAUUGUUUCUCAUCGUACAGAAGGUAUUCUGAAUAGAAACCACAGAGAUACAGGGUCUCUGACCAAUAUCAAGAGAGCAAACGCUGAUGUAGAAAUAAUAACACCGCGAAGCCCAAUGGGAAAGGAAAAUAUGGUCACCUUCAGCAACACUUUGCCAAGAGUCAACACACCAUCCAUGGAAGACCAGGCAAGGCGAAAUGCAACAAUACACGCAUCCAUGGAUUCUGCUCGUUCCAAACAGCUGCUUUCCCAGUGGAAGAACAAGAAUGAGAGUCGAAAGUUGUCUCUGCAAGUCAUAGAGACUGAAUCUGGCCAGUCACCACCAAGAGCUAUUGAGAUGAGGUCAAGCUCAGAACCCUCCAGAGUGGGUGUAAAUGGUGAUCAUCAUGGCCCAACUAGCCAAUACCUGAAAAUUCAACCUGGCAGUGUACCAGGUUGUAACAACACAGGUCUUUCUGGUGGGCCACGGGUCUCUAUUCAGUCACGUCCAGGUUCUUCCCAGCUAGUCCACAUUCCUGAAGAGACUCAGGAGAACGUGAACACAUCACCCAAAACUAGUUCAGCUAGAGCUAAAUGGCUAAAAGCUGCUGAGAAGAGUGUUGCAUGUAGAAGCAAUAGCCAGCCAAGAAUCAUGCAAGUAAUAGCCAUGUCUAAGCAGCAAGGAGUGCUUCAGAGCAGCCCAAAGGGUUCAGAGGGAAGCACAGUCACCUGCACAGGAGCCAUCAGAUACAAAACCUUGACAGACCAUGAGCCAAGCAGCAUUGUCAGAGUUGAGGCCCAUCCGGAGAAUAACAGACCUGUAAUUCAGAUGCCAUCAGAAGGUGAAGGAAGUGGGUCAUGGAAAUGGAAAGGUCCUGAAAAAAUCACCCUUCGUCAGACCUAUGAGCUAAAUGAUCUCAACAGAGACUCUGAGAGCUGUGACUCCUUAAAAGACAGUUAUGGGUCAGGCGACCGGAAAAGGAGCAACAUAGAUAACAGUGAGCAUCACCAUCAUGGGAUCACUACGAUAAGGGUCACGCCAGUAGAGGGAAGCGAGAUUGGCUCAGAGACUCUGUCCAUUUCUUCUAGCCGGGACUCAACGCUUCGAAGGAAAGGUAACAUCAUUUUAAUCCCUGAGAGAGGGAGCAGUCCAGAGAACACCAGGAACAUCUUCUAUAAGGGCACAUCCCCUACACGAGCGUACAAGGACUGAGAGGAGACAUAUCAGCUGGUCCGUACCACCACAAUCACAUCUUGACACAGGUUCUACUCUCUUUGUUUGGAGCCAAUAUUUACUUUUGAUGUGCCAAAUUCUUGCCCAGCAGCCCAACUGCUGUUGAACGCUGCUGAUGUGCAAUGUGCAUGAGCCUGUGGGAAGUAUGUGGUGGGGGGAAAGCACAAUGCCAGAACCUAACUAAUGUGAAACAUUUGCAAGCAGCUUGUUUCUUCAGACUCAAAGUAUUUAUCUGAGGGUGACGAUGUCAAUCAAAACAACGGUCUUGAACACAGACACGUUAUUUCCUGAAUGUGCCAACUUUUUAUUUUGUAUGUGUCCAAAAUCAACUGAAUUUCUCACAGCAAAGGCUGUAUCAAAUGGUAUAUAUUCACCUUUGCAGAAUUUGCACCAAAUCUUUCAUCCAGGAUGGUGCUGAUGGUAACUUUACAUGUUUCAAACAAUACUUAUUAGACUCUGCAAACACAUGACAUAUUGAUGUGCAGUUACUUUCAAAGUACUAUUGCUAAUACUAUUGAUGAUGCUGGCUGCAUUCAUUUAGCAUAGGAAAUAUUUACAGCUUUGUUAUAGUGGAUCUGUCACAUUCAAAGAUUGCAAAGGUUUCGUGUAGUUCUUUAAGAUGUCUACUGCAACAAAACCCAUGUGGGUAAUGUUCCAUUAGAAUGGAAUAACUAUCUAUUUUUUGACUAGUUUUGCUGCUACUGCUCAACUUUUGUUUAAGAAGAGGUGCUACUAAUGAAGAGGCUGCUUCUUAGUGGGCUAACUCAUAGAAUUGUUUGAAGUCGUUCUUUUUAAGGGGUCUUUUAAAGUACAACUCAUUCAGAUUUUGCAUUUUAAACCUCUGAUUCUGCCCUCCAGCAACCCUUCCGUUUUUCUAUUAGCUUUUAACCACAGAAUGCAGGGCACCAAUAAUUGCGAGAUGUGCUAAUGUGAAAGGUGAGCCAUAAGCAGAAAAACAGACACUUCCCUGAUCACCUUCCAAGGAGACAGCAAUUAAUAUCCUAGCUCACACUUAGAAGCAGUCAUUCACCUCACUUGCUUAGCAUGCCGUGAUAACAGUCACAAGUUUCACCCCAAACAUGAUCAAUUCAGGGGAUUUAUGCUUCCCUUUAAAAAUUGAAUGCCUUGGAAUUCCUGCCUGGGAAUGCAGGAUCACUGAGUGAGUGUUGCACUGUGCCACUGCUAAUUCUUCACAUCCCCUGAGACACCCUAUACAGCCUUCUUAAGCAGCAGAUUCUUUUCUCACCACUGCCACUUGAGAAUAUGGAUUGAGUAAAUUGGGCUUCAAACAUAACAAAAGAACUUGCAUGCUAAAAAUCUCUCAAUUGCCAACACCGUUGAAAGGAUAAGCUCUGAAAGGAAGAAGCAUAACAUGUCCUGGGCAUGCUGGGAGAAACGCCUUGUUGUAUUUGGCUGUGACUUAAAUAACCUAAGCCACCAGGGAAGCUAGGGAUAGUGCUCGCCCAGGGCAGCUCCUCAUCCUCUCCUAGAUGAUUUCCACCUGAAAGAGAACUACUAUCAGGUACCUCCCAGCUCUCCUUGUAGAAGGGAGAAGGAGGAUUUAGCAGUCCCCUCACUGAGUAAGCAGUAGGAGAUCAGGUCUGUUCUGGCUUCUUGACAGCAGUUUCAUUCUAAGUCCUCUUCUGCUUUAGAGUAUCAGUAAAUACAUACUACCUAGUCAGAACCUGUCUACAGACCCUACCCCACAGAACUCUGAGGAAAAGCUUGCCCUAGCCCAGCCAAAUAGAAGGUGGAAGGAAGAACCAUCCCAUCCCAAGACGAUAAAUAGCACAACACACACAGACCAAAAAAUCAACCAAAAAACCCCCACCCACAAACCCCCCUCAAAACCAAACCAAAAUCCUAAUCCCAAUCCUAAAAAAUUUCAGAAGCGUGAGGAUGGCGUUUGCCAAUCUGUACAGAAGGGAUUUGGAGUCAACAGAAAGCUUUAUAUACCUUCCCAGUUACAAGGUGCUCCAGGCGUAGCUGAGUGCUGUCAGCAAUGCUUCCUAUGCCUGCCCAUCACCCAGUGCUGCAGGACAGCACUGGUCUUAAGGAAACGACCACAUCCUGUUAAGUAAUAGAAGACAACCCCAUCAUACGUUUGAUGAUUGGGAGGAGGUAUUCUGCAGGUGACAUGGAAGUAGGACUGCAGCAUAUUGUGUAUGUUAAAGGCAUUUAGCUGGGAUAAAUAAUCGUAGAUGCCAGGGAAUAUAAAAAGAAAGACUAAUUUUUUAGAAAUAAAUUCUCAGAUUCUAGUAUUUACAAGUCAGGAUUUGGCUUUUCUUUUUGAAAGGAUGAGUCUUUAACUCCUUGGUAUUUAAUAUCCAAUUUUGUACAUGAUUCCUGGGAAUUACAAACACUUGGAUUGUCAUGAGGAAAACCCUUUGGAUAUAGUUUAGUGUAGGUACAUGAUGAAGCCGGUAGGAUUAGCUUUAAAGGAACGGGUGAGACACAAUCACUGUUGGCCUAUCAAUGCAGGGAAAUAAGAUGCAAUCAUUUGUUAGUUUGUAAGUGCAGGGCAAAGAACAUAAGUAGAUGAACCUGGAAAUAAUGGAAAAUUGAAAUGGAGAACAAUGGCAAUAAAGCAAAGAUUAGAAAAUGUUCCCUCUGGUAAUUGAGCUGUUUUGGAAACAGCAGGAUUCCUGGUGGGAGUGUUUGUUCUUUAUUCCUUGGUUUUAGUCAGAUAUAUAUUGGCAUAUGUGUUGCUUUUAUUACUCUAAAACUUGCUGCACUCUUUCAAGUGUAGCGUGAUAUUUUUCCUAAGGUUUCCUAUUUCUUAACAACAGAUUUUAAAGCUCUUGUGUAAUCAUUGAAAUUGUGUUCUUUACAUAAAUAUUGAUAUAUUCUUUUUUACUCCAAGUGCCAAAGGCUACUGUUUUUAAUAAUGGCUUAUCAAAUUCUAUUCCGUUAGAGAGCAGAAAUGUAAUGCUAUCAACAUUGGAACUCAGACCUCUGCAUGUAUAUUUGAUAAGGAGCCUUUUGUAAAAUUACUCUUUGUUUACAUUCCACUGAUACCUUAAUUUCAAAUUAAUCAAAUAAAUUGACAGGUGACAUCUUCUUAGUGUUCUGAUUUUCUUACUUGCUAACAGGCACGCAUUUCUUUGUCAGGCUGUGCUUUACUGAGAAAAGAAAAUACUCAACCUAUGUUUUUAAAUGAGAAUUCUCUAUAUAGAGUAUGGUGUUUAAUAAAAUGGUAUGCAAUGUUUUCAAAUGGAAAAGAAUUUGUAAAUUGCUAUAAAUGUAUUUUGUUAAAUAAGUACAGAUCGAUGCUACUGUGUGAGUUUAUUGUGCUAACAUCAUGAAAAUAAAGAUCAAGUUCCUCAUUGA